AUGUCUCAUCGUCUAUCGAUCACCAGCUCUGCCUCACAUGUUGAUGGUCGAAAUCUCCCCCCGAUGAAAGGCAAUACGCCAAAUAUGCGUCGACUACGGACUUGUAGAUCCAUUGAAUGGGUCUACAACAAGGAUGACGAGUCGUGUUCCACCCCUAAGUUAGGUCGUAUUAUACUCAGGGUAGGGGAAACUAUCACAAUUUUUCCUGAUGAUUCAAGGGCGGUGGCGGAAAAAGACGGCAGCCUGCCCAUCAUGUCUUAUUGGUAUGGAAAAAUCACGAAAAUCUGCUUAAAACCCCAAGGACAAACCCAUGAUGUCUGGCUAGAGAUUCAGUGGUUUUACAGAAAAGUAGACCUGGAGGAUGUUGGGGUAAACCUUGCUCAAUCCAUGGGUGACUAUGAGCUAGUGCUCAGCGACCACAAAUCAUUUGUGGACAUCACAUGUGUGGAGGAUCAUGCCAUGAUUCUUAGUUACAAUGAAGGCGACCUCUCACAACUUGAAAUCCCACCCGAGACUCUCUACCAUCGAUGGAAUAUCAAUAUCACAUUUGUGAAGAGUAGAAAGGAUGUGCGCAUUCGUAGUGUCAACCUCAAUAACCCACAAAGAGCAACGCAGUGUCGCUGCAACAAUUGCGAUCAUGAGCUAUACUGUCCCAGCAUCGCCCAGCGAUACUGCAGGAAAUGCAGACAAUGGUUCAAUGAUGAGUGCCUAGACACUCUCGAACGUCGUGUAGAUCGACAUCCCGCACCAAUUUCACCGGAUGUCUACGGUAAUAUUGAUGUGGAUGAAGAGUUCCUCGCGAUGUUGACAUUGCCAAUUUGCCGUGGCGGACCAUAUGGGGUGGUUGGUAAUGGAUCCAUUUAUGCGCGAGCGAAGUCAAUGUUGCACGAUGGAAAGAUUCAUGGUAAACUUCCAGAGGAGUGGAGGAAUAUCUUAAUGGAUGCUGAGUCGUUAGAUUAUGAGGGUCUCAGCUAUUAUAAGUGUCCAUGUUGUGUAGACGUGUUAUGCUAAGG